AUGACUGACCCCGCAAGAGGCAUAACGCCUGUCGGGGACGAGAAAGUGAUUUCGCAGCAUAAAGAAAAUAUGAUAGGCGAGGUUGCCCAUGAAGCGGCAGAAAGGGGCUACCUUGCGACAGAUGAAUAUGGUCAACCUUUGGUUGAGUUCGACAAGGCAGCUGAGUCAAGAUUGCGACUCAAGAUUGACCUUUACAUUGUUCCGACCGUUGCAGUGAUGUAUCUGUUUUGUUUCAUCGAUCGGGCCAACGUUGGAAAUGCCAAGCUUGCUGGGUUCGACAAGGACCUUGGAUUGGUGAAUUAUGAUUAUAACGCCGUGCUUUCAAUUUUCUUCAUCGCUUACAUUAUUUUUGAAAUCCCGAGCAAUCUCAUGUGCAAAUGGGUCGGACCUGGUUGGUGGCUUCCGAUGCUCACACUAGGGUUUGGUAUCUGCUCGGUUGCCACGGCUUUUGUUCACGACAUUCACAGCGCUUCUGGCGUCCGCUUCCUCUUGGGCAUGUUUGAAGCAGGAUUACUACCUGGAAUCGCGUAUUAUCUUUCGCGUUGGUACCGACGAAGCGAGCUUGCUUUCCGUCUGUCGUUAUACAUUGUCAUGGCCCCUCUUGCUGGAGCAUUCGGUGGUUUGUUGGCUUCAGGCAUUCUCAAACUCGAUAGUUUCGGAUCUCUUCACACCUGGCGCAUGAUCUUUGCUAUCGAAGGCAUCAUCACAAUUGGCAUUGGUCUGAUUGCAUUCUUCACAUUGACCGACCGACCGGAGACGGCCAAGUGGCUCUCGCAGGACGAGAAAGACCUUGCCAUCGCCCGUGUCAAAUCCGAACGUGUGGGUGCCACAGAGGUUCUCGAUAAACUGGACGUCACCAAGACACUGCGCGGUAUCUUUAGCCCUGUGACUAUCACGACUUCAUUCGUCUUCCUGUUGAACAACAUCACUGUUCAAGGUCUUGGCUUCUUCGCGCCCACCAUCGUUAAGACCAUCUAUCCAGAUGCUACUGUGAUUUCGCAACAACUCCACACGGUUCCACCAUAUGUAGUCGGAGCCUUCUUCACAGUUCUCUUCCCCUUCCUCAGCUGGCGAUUUGAUCAUCGUCUGAUCUUUUUCGUCGUCUGCCCGCCGCUGAUGAUGACAGGUUAUAUCAUGUUCCUCGCUAGCGAAAAUAGCAUGGUACGAUAUGGUGCUACCUUCAUUAUCGCUGGUGGGGCCUUUGCGUUCGGUGCCCUAUGUACUGCACAUGUAUCGGCGAAUGUGAUUUCCGACACCGCAAGAUCCUCGGCUAUUGGAACUGCUGUGAUGUUCGGCAAUAUUGGUGGACUCAUCAGCACCUGGUCUUUUCUACCUUUCGACGCUCCGAAUUACCACAUAGGGAAUGGUCUCAACUUGGCGACUGCAACCACCACCCUCCUUCUUGGGGCUGGCCUGUGGGUUUACAUGACAUGGGAUAAUCGUCGACGUGAGCGUGUUGAUGUUCCCAACGCCUUGGCGGGACUUUCCCAGCAACAAAUCCAGGAUCUGGACUGGCGCAAUCCUGGGUUCCGUUGGCGGCCCUAG